AUGCCGGAACAUAGAGAGCUUCUUUCCUCUACUCCAUUCCCCAGUAAUCCGAUUGCACAGGAAGACUUUCUCAAUUAUAGAUCUUUUUUGGAUGCAGGGAAUGUUCCGCACUUACCGCCAAAAGGAGCUGUAGUGCCGUUCGAGGCUCGUGAUGAGAGUCACGUGAACCCUCCCACUGAGGCUAGGCCAGGUGUGCUGGUUGAAACACCUACUGAACCAGCAGAAGGAACUUCAGUGACUACAACCUUCACGACCGAAGAAAGUGCCAACAAAGCAGUGGAAGCCUUCUUGCAGCAAACAACGAAUCCUUUAGCGUACGUAACCACUCAGGUCGAAGUGGUGACACUGGAGAAACGAAUAGUUACCGUGACCACUCAUGAGCCGCCAGAAAAGCAAGAAGAACAAGAGGAAAAGCUUUCAAUGAGUGAGCAACACGUGGUAAGUUGUCUUUUGAUUUGA